AUCAUGGGUAAAUCCAACAGCAAGCUCAAACCCGAGGUGGUGGAGGAGCUGACGAGGAAAACCUACUUUACAGAGAAAGAGGUGCAGCAGUGGUACAAAGGCUUCAUUAAAGACUGUCCGAGUGGGCAGCUGGACGCUGUGGGCUUUCAGAAGAUAUAUAAGCAGUUCUUUCCUUUUGGAGAUCCCACAAAGUUUGCUUCCUUUGUCUUCAACGUCUUUGACGAAAAUAAGGACGGGCGUAUCGAGUUCUCCGAGUUCAUCCAGGCCUUGUCGGUGACUUCUCGGGGCACUCUGGACGAGAAGCUGAGAUGGGCGUUUAAAUUAUACGACCUGGAUAACGACGGCUACAUUACCCGCGAUGAGAUGUUGAACAUCGUCGACGCCAUAUAUCAGAUGGUGGGGAACACCGUGGAGCUGCCGGAGGAGGAGAACACACCAGAGAAGCGCGUGGACCGAAUUUUUGCGAUGAUGGACAAGAAUGCAGACGGGAAGCUGACUCUGCAGGAGUUUCAGGAGGGCUCAAAGGCGGACCCUUCUAUUGUCCAGGCGUUGUCACUCUAUGACGGACUCGUGUAGCACUGUAAGACGGACCAAACUCGGCGUCCUUCUGCGCAUCACACGCCAGUCCCCGCACCAUCACACCCGCGACAGGAGGAAGCCACGCCCACCUUGUCCACCCAGGAGAAGUGGACUGCGUACUUUUCUUCGUCAAAUAGCUGUUUGUCAACAUUUCCACAAAAAGGACCUGUGAAGAAAUAUUACCGUAUGUCCUCUGACGGGAGAAGUCCCUGAGUCAUUCGUCCGUGCUUCUGCAACCGUGCGGCACCGCGUGGCACCGUCGCGUGUCGAGUCGCGGUUCCGUCCGCGGACAGAAGCAGGAACCCGUGUUCCGAAACGUCGGCGCGCGUCUUCGCCGAGAGAUGCCCGGUGGCACCGUGCUCCAGCUUCAGAGUCUGAAUCUGGGGGGGGGAAAAAAAAGUGGACAAAUGUAUGACGGGGUGAAAAUGUGAACACUCGCUUCAAGUCUCAAAGAAGUAUCGUGUACAUUGUGAUGAUAAUGUAAAUAUGACUGUAAUUUAUUUUCUGCUUUGCGGCAUUUAUGGGAAUCUCCUCAUAAAUAUGGAAUGAAGUUUUAAUUUUUUAUCAAAUUGUGUUGAAACGUACUGCACUGUAUUUUUUAUUACCGUCGUGGAAUCGUUCGUCUUUAUUUAUUAUUCUCUCACAUUCUGAAGUUUCCUUAUUUGUCGAAGACGUGCUGAAGAAGUUUUUUUUCUAUGGAUCACUUUACCAUGUUUGCCAUCUGUGCGUUCAUUUCCCCGAGGCUGCACAGGACAUGACCGAGCGAUGCGUGGAAUUCUCGCGGCUUGCGUCGCUCCCGAGUCCCCGCCCUCUGCAUACACGGCGCCGUGGUCGUCGAGCGCGAAUCAACUCUGGCUGUGAAGCUUUCGUGUGCGCCGUGGUAUUUUGUCCCGCGCGAGGCCAGAGCAUGAGCCUCUUGCUUUUUCAUUCUCGGUUCCCUUCAGUUCGAGCGUCGAGAUGUUUUAUUUGCUUCACUGGUUUUAAGGCGUGUGCAAAAAAAUUGAUAAAUGUCAUCGAUCUGUUUGAUUAGCAGUGUAAGAGCACAGAAUAAAAAUGCAUUCAAGUGGC